CGCUGCCGCCUCCCUCCUCUAGGCGCCAGCCGCCUUAGGCCCAAGCGAGAGCAGACUGCGGGCGGGUGGCCGCAGCUGCAGCCUGAGCGCAGCGGCGGGGGGCAGGUGAGCCCCGCAGCUUUGCUCCUCCUCUGCGCCCGCGCUCUCGGACAUGGUGGCCCCCGGCUCUGUGACCAGCCGGCUGGGCUCGGUGUUCCCUUUCCUGCUGGUCCUGGUGGACCUGCAGUACGAAGGUGCUGAAUGUGGAGUAAAUGCAGAUGUUGAGAAGCAUCUGGAAUUGGGCAAGAAGCUGCUCGCAGCCGGACAGCUCGCGGACGCGUUGUCUCAGUUUCACGCUGCAGUAGAUGGUGACCCUGAUAACUAUAUUGCUUACUAUCGGAGAGCUACUGUCUUUUUAGCUAUGGGCAAAUCAAAAGCAGCACUUCCUGAUUUAACUAAAGUGAUUGAAUUGAAGAUGGAUUUCACUGCAGCAAGAUUACAGAGAGGUCACUUAUUACUCAAACAAGGAAAACUUGAUGAAGCAGAAGAUGAUUUUAAAAAAGUGCUCAAGUCAAAUCCAAGUGAAAAUGAAGAGAAGGAAGCCCAGUCCCAGCUUGUCAAAUCUGAUGAAAUGCAGCGUCUGCGCUCACAAGCACUGGAUGCCUUUGAGAGCUCAGAUUUUACUGCUGCUAUAACCUUCCUUGAUAAGAUUUUAGAGGUUUGUGUUUGGGAUGCAGAACUUCGAGAACUUCGAGCUGAAUGUUUUAUAAAAGAAGGGGAACCUAGGAAAGCGAUAAGUGACUUAAAAGCUUCAUCAAAAUUGAAAAAUGAUAAUACUGAGGCAUUUUAUAAAAUCAGCAUACUGCACUAUGAACUAGGAGACCAUGAACUGUCUCUAAGUGAAGUUCGUGAAUGUCUUAAACUUGACCAGGAUCAUAAAAGGUGUUUUGCACACUAUAAACAAGUAAAGAAACUGAAUAAGCUGAUUGAGUCAGCUGAAGAGCUCAUCAAAGAAGGCAGGUACACAGAUGCAAUCAGCAAAUAUGAAUCUGUCAUGAAAACAGAGCCAGGUGUUCAUGAAUAUACAGUUCGUUCAAAAGAAAGGAUUUGCCACUGCUUUUCUAAGGAUGAGAAGCCUGUUGAAGCUAUUCGAGUAUGUUCAGAAGUUUUACAGGUGGAACCUGAUAAUGUGAAUGCUCUGAAAGACCGAGCAGAGGCCUAUUUAAUAGAAGAAAUGUAUGAUGAAGCUAUUCAGGAUUAUGAAACUGCUCAGGAACACAAUGAGAAUGAUCAGCAGAUUCGAGAAGGUCUGGAGAAAGCACAGAGGCUACUGAAACAGUCACAGAGACGAGAUUAUUACAAAAUCUUGGGAGUAAAAAGAAAUGCCAAAAAGCAAGAAAUCAUUAAAGCAUACCGAAAAUUAGCACUGCAGUGGCACCCAGACAACUUCCAGAACGAAGAAGAAAAGAAAAAAGCUGAGAAAAAGUUCAUUGACAUAGCAGCUGCUAAAGAAGUCCUCUCCGAUCCAGAUACUGACGCCUAUGAGCAGCUCUGUCCCCUCAGCCUGUGCAGCGCGGGUCAGGCAGCUAUGUCAAGUUGGAGGGCCUCUGGAUCUGAGUUCUAGGGGAGCAGGGGGCAGCAUGGCAUGAUGGAGAAAAGAGCUGCAUUCUUGUUUACUAAGAGUUCUUUUCUGUCUGUUCUUCCUGUCCUCAUUUUAAGGAUGAAAUAGCUUUUUCUAAUCUCUGCUGCCUACCGCAUCCUUACUGCCAUUUGUCUGCAGUGGCCUUGGUCUCCUCAGGACUGACAGGCACAGCUGGCUCCUGGAUUGUACAAUAAGGCACCUCCCUCCCUCAGGCUUGGGGAGCCUGCCUUCUGUUCAGACUUAACAGUGAGGCCCAGACACUUCUUCAUGCGUUGACGAGGCUGCACCUAGCUGACCUCAUGUUUGGGGUUAGGACGGUGACAGGGGCUGUUGGAUCAGAAAAGCACAUGUGACUCUGAGGUCUCCUUCUCUGCAAUUCCUCAUCUCUUCCAGGGAAGAAUUUCCUUGGGUGGCUUCUGAGAAGAUUUCAGGGGUCUGAAUUUCGGUGAAUGCCCACUUUGAGCCCUGGCAGGUUUUUCUAGUCUGUUUCUGAUGGGGGUGGGGUGGCAGGGAGCCUGGAUUUGAACAUCAGGUGCAGCUAUUUCAACAACUGGGGUGUGUAGCCCCCAGAACCAGCCCCUCCCCCGCCCCGGCAGCAGCUGGGUCUCACCUUGCUGGCUUCUUUUCCAGAAAUGAGGAAGAAGUUUGAUGAUGGAGAAGACCCCCUGGACGCAGAGAGCCAACAAGGAG